GUUUGACUUCCGGUGCGGCGAUGGCCUCCACUUUGACGAAAGGUAUAGUGUCUGCAAUUGGCCACAACAGGCGUACCCGCCGUGCGGUGCGCCCACCGCUGCUCAACGCCAACCACAACAACAACAACAUCCGCCACAACCGUCACAAUCGCAACCCCAGACUCCCGGAGCCGACUAUAAUGACAGUCCGUUCAUUGAGUACAGCCCUCAAGAGUCCCAACAAGUGUCCGGUGAUAGUCAGGCGCUGGACAGACAGCAACAGCCCGUUAAAGGUGAACAGACGGACAGUUCAGGUGUAGACCAGAAUAGGCCACAGUUUAACCCUCGACCACAAUCACAGCCACAACAAGACUAUGACAAUAGCCCGCAAACCGAUGCCGUAAAAACACCUCCACAACAGCCAUUGGCCGCACAGGGGGUCAAAAGUCCGACAAAAUCUGCGCCAAAGCCACAGUCCAGACC